CAUUGACAUUUUUGAAGAAUCGGAGGAAACAUAGGUCUCCGUUCCACCAAGGUCUUAUCUGUCAUUCAAGACAUCAUCAAAGUAAACAACAUUGCUGUCCUAAUGCCGGAAAAACCAAACCUCAAAAUCUUCCAAAAUUCUCAAAAUACACCUUCCUGUCCUCUUCAUUCUUCUUCUCAUUUUCCCCUAAAAAUUUCCCCUUCUUCCCGUUUUGCCCUUCAGUAAGAUCUCUGAAUUCCCCCCUUCCCUCUUCAUUUUCCGGUGUAAAUUUCCUCCAAAUUCAAGGGCAUUUUCGGUAUAAUUCAAUAAAAUCGCCGGAAAAUUCUUUCGGAAAUGGCAGAAAUUAUUGGGGCAUGAGAGGAAAUUCUCCGUUGGGAUAGAAUUAUGAGGGCAGCUAUUUGGCCGGAGAAUUCAACCAGUGAUUUAUCAUCCACGUCAAAUUCAAUUCACCUGCCGCCGCCUCUGCCGCCUCUGCCGCGGAAUUCGAUUGAGCAAAACCCUAAUUGCAAAAACAGCUGUGGUAACGUCUUUCAGCUGUUAACGAGGAGGGAGAUAUCACCUCGAACUAAACGUAGUUCUAAGAAGUUUUGGGGUGAGAAAUCUAAAUGCUCUGUUCAUUCACAUGAGUUAAAAAGCCAAGUAGCAAGAGACCCGAGACGGGGUCUUAUAUCAUGGGUAGAGGCAGAAUCAAUAAGACAUUUUUCAGCUAAGUAUUGUCCACUAUUGCCUCCACCUAGGUCUACUAUUGCUGCAGCAUUCAGCCCUGAUGGGAAGACACUUGCUUCUACUCAUGGAGAUCACACGGUGAAGAUAAUUGAUUGCCAAAGUGGGAAGUGCUUAAAGGUGUUAAGUGGACAUCGCAGGACUCCUUGGGUGGUUCGUUUCCAUCCACUGUACUCUGAGAUACUUGCUAGUGGAAGUUUGGACCAUGAAGUUCGUCUAUGGGAUGCAAAAACUGCCGAGUGUAUAGGAUCACGUGAUUUUUAUCGUCCUAUUGCAUCCAUUGCCUUCCAUGCCCAAGGGGAAGUUCUCGCUGUUGCUUCAGGCCACAAGCUGUAUAUGUGGCACUACAACACAAGAGGGGAUGCAUCUUCACCAGCUAUCGUACUAAAGACAAGGCGUUCACUUCGUGCCGUGCAUUUCCACCCGCAUGGCGCUCCAUUUCUUUUAACAGCUGAGGUCAAUGAUCUGGACUCAUCAGAUUCUUCAAUGACGCUUGCAACUUCUCCGGGUAACUUGCGGUACCCUCCUCCUACAGUGUAUUUGACAGAUGCUCACUCCACUUAUCGAUCUGCUUCAGCAAAUGAAUUGCCUAUCAUGUCUCUACCUUUCAUGAUCUGGCCACCAAAUGCUAGAGGUGAUCCUAGAGUGCCUUUGCAGCAGAGCAAUACAGACAUGGGUUCUGACAGUACACAGAACAGAGUAGACUCUUCUGCAUCUGUCCGACUUCUCACUUACUCAACUCCUUCUGGCCAGUAUGAACUUCUAUUGUCCCCUAUUGAGCCAACUCUAUCUCCUGCACAAGAAGCUCAGGCUGGUUCGUCGAUUAGGGAUACUGAGAAUGCAUCAUCUAACCCUGUAGUUGAUCCUAUGGAGACUGAUGGGCCGGCUGAGGAGAGAAACAAUCAGUUUUAUCCUUUCAGUGACCCUGCAUACUGGGAAUUACCUUUCUUGCAAGGAUGGUUGAUUGGCCAAAGCCAAGCAGGCCGAAGGUCAAUUCAUUCUGAGCAUAGUGGUGUCACGAACAAUGUAUCGGCUUAUGGUGAAGUAGAUCAUCCUGCUGCAGCUCCGUCAGUCAUUUCAAACAGUAAUCAUCCAAGGUCUGGAAGAUCUGGUUCUCGACAUCGUUCUUCACGCUCUAGAGCGAUCCCUGUUCCUGGAUCUGUUGAUAGUGCUGCUCCGGUUAAUGUUGUGCAUGAUGAAAGUGAUUCUCAAGCUUUUAUGAGUCGGUUCCAGUCAGAGAUAGCUAGUUCCCUGACUGCAGCAGCGGCUUCUGAAUUGCCAUGUACUGUGAAACUCAGAGUAUGGCCUUAUGAUGUUAAGGCUCCAUGUGCGCCGCUUGAUGCUGAAAAAUGUCGCUUAAUGAUACCGCAUGCUGUGCUUUGUAGUGAAAUGGGCGCCCACUUUUCACCAUGUGGGAGAUUUUUAGCAGCUUGUGUUGCAUGUAUUAUGCCUAACAUGGAAGCUGAUCCUGGUCACCAUGGACAAUUUCGUCAUGAUGCUGCAACUUCACCUACCAGACAUCCAAUUGCAGCCCAUCGGGUUAUGUAUGAGCUACGGAUAUAUUCCUUGGAGGAGGCGACCUUUGGUUCGGUGCUUGCAUCUCGAGCAAUUAGGGCUGCUCAUUGUUUGACUUCAAUUCAGUUCUCUCCAACUUCUGAGCAUCUUUUACUUGCCUAUGGGCGUCGGCACGGUUCACUUCUGAAAAGUAUUGUGAUCGAUGGAGAUACAACUGUACCUGUUUACACGAUUCUUGAGGUCUAUAGAGUUUCAGAUAUGGAACUUGUGAGAGUUCUUCCCAGUGCAGAGGAUGAGGUUAACGUCGCUUGCUUCCAUCCUUUGGUUGGUGGCGGCCUAGUAUAUGGAACCAAGGAAGGAAAAUUGAGGAUCCUCCAAUUUGAUAAAUCUAAUGGUUUGGACUGUACUGUAUCCAAUUUCCCUGAUGAAGACAUGCUCGAGGUCCCAACAUAUGCUUUAGAAGGUUAGAAACUGUUGAAGAUAGCAGAUGGUUGUAGUUGUAAAACUUGGGGUGUUGUGAAAAUAUACGUAUCUGGACAAUGACUGGUGGCUUCGAAGUUGUGUGUGUUGCCGAUGGUUGCUGUAUAGUUGGUUGAAUGUAUGCUGGUGGUGGCAAAGAUAGAUCUUAUACUUUCGUUCGUGUACUGAGGCUAGCCAUGCCAUCACAUACUGACUGAUCUUUUUUCAUGUGCAAAAUCUGUUGUGCUUAAAACCACUAAGGUGACUUCAGGAGAGCUGUGGUGUUCUCCAUCUAGAGAAAAUAUACUGACUCCGACAGAGGAAGUGUCGUCGGAAUGUUGUCGAGGGGCAAAGAAGUUUGCUGUUUUCGCUAUAUUUUCAUGUGACUUCAAAUGUACAUUCAGAAAUCGAAAUAGACUAGUUGAUUUUCUUUCAACUGAAGGGGUGCAAAAGGAAAAAAAAGGCUGGUCACAAACGUUCAAGUGUCAUAUUAUUCAACUCUUUAUACUUCUUUUCAAAUGGUUUCUGUUUUAUUAGAAAUGUUAAUGUGUAUUGAUAAUCUUUUUUAACUUAUAAAUGAAUUGAUUUGGACAA